GGCGAGCAAUCGACGUGACGCGAAGAAACUUUUGGAUAGGGAGAAGGAGGGUGUCGUUGCAGUCAGCCCCCCUGUCGCACCAUCUGAUUUCUGGCUCGCGUCAACCGAUGCCGGGCAAGAAGAGGAGGCGAGGGUAUAUUGGGAUGGUGUGUUAACCAACGUGAACGAAGCAGGUGAUGAUGCACUUCGAGAGAAGAAGCAAGGUACGUCCUCUCUUAUCCCUCCUCCAUGUAUGCUUUCAGUGUGAUGAUACUGACAAAUGCCAUCUCACAGUCCUAGGCUACCCCUCUGACAACAUUGACUACCACCGCAGCAAGAUGCCCUCCCGCUCCAAGCACAGCGAGCCGCCAGAGUUCUCAGAGCGAAAAGCCAACAGAGACAAAGUCAUGCAGGUCCUCAUCAACAGCGUCUACCCCAAGCACAAAGUCGAAGGCGUCUUCUUCGACGACACAGAGGUCUUGAACGAGGAUCGAAGGAAGCGGGCGAUCUGUAUCGACGACCCAGAUGCCGAUGCAUCUCCGCCGUCGACCUGUGACCGCUGCAAGUACGUCAAUUUACCGCUGCACGAACGACUGAGGAACAAGCUACCUUCUCCAAGCAUCUUCACGCCCUGGACAUACCGGUCAAAGUAUCACAGCCUUCAAUCUGUAGAAAUGGCUAGUAUGAGCAAAGACCUGCCACUCAAAGAUGAUUCGCUCAAAGCGCGAGGCAUGCACUAUGACAACAACAGAACAAUGCUCGAGGCUGUGCUGGAAGAAGAUAGAAUCUUGAGGAAAGCUCCACAGGUUGUCGAGGCACUCAGGUGCCACUAUGGUCACAAUCUCCAGGCACCGCGUAACACGUCGUGUGGAUCCAAUUAUCCGCGAACGAUAUCCGAUGUCGGCACGUUGCAAUAUUUGCUCUUGGGGCAGCAGGAGCUGAGGCGCGAUAUCGAGCGCCUCGAGUGCGUGGAGCGUGCUAUUGGCACUUCCAUCUCGACCUUGCAUUUACUGCCGACCGACUACCGUGGAAAGGUCCGUGGAAAGGCCCUGGAGAGAAAGACGCUGGAAGACGAGCUUAACGAUCUAGCGAGAAUGGCAUUGAUGGUAGAUGAAGAGAUUCCCGAUGCACCUGUGGACGAGCCGGUUCCAGUCCAUCUUGAGCAGUGCCGCACCUCAGCUAGCCUCGAUACUAUUGUGGAGAGUCCGCCCAGAUUCCGUAGCGCGAGCGUUACGACAGCACGCUUGGUGACCGGAGAGUCUUUCCCUUUCGUCGACCAGCCGAGAUCGCGUCGACAUGUUACGUCGAGAUCUUCUUCAGUAUACAGCGGCGGUGCUGCGAAGACGAGGAGUAUUUCCAUCCAGCCCGCCCCGCCCGAGCGGUCAGAGACUAGCGACAGUGGAGAUAUUCGCAGAGGUUCUCGGCCUCAGGAACAGAGUCGUGCGACUGCCCAUAGGAUUAUGCAGAGUAUCCGAACAUUCCACAGCCGCAGUCGGUCACGUCAUGCGUCGUCAGCCGGUGUUUCCGUGAACAGUGAGCCGAGUCGUACGGGAAGGCGCGAAGAACGUGGGAGAGGAGAAGACGUCGUCACAAGUCUGAGCCGUCAUGACGAGGAGAGGUAUCCCAAGCGCCAGAACAUUGUGCAGCAGUGAGUGAUGGACGUAGGCUGUCACUCGCCACGUCCAUUUCGGCGGACGUCAUGUCCAUCUUUUUGCGACCUUCUUUACUCGUCGCCAACGUUCGAAAAGCAGUGUAGGAGUUGUUU